AUGCUACUGUCUCCGGUAUUCAGCAGCUCAAACUUGGUCCUAGGCAUCGAAGUACUCUUUCCAGCCUUCGUACUCUACUGUCUGGGAUGUGCCAUUUACAAUCGCUACUUCCAUCCGUACAAGGAUUUUCCAGGCCCGUUCUGGGCCUCUAUCACACCUCUGUGGUAUUGGCGCGCAGUACGAUAUGCGCGGGGGCAGGAUCAUCAACUGCCCAUACACAAGAAAUAUGGGCCAUUCGUCCGUGUCUCGCCCGAUCAGGUCCAGAUCAUGGAUCCGGCCGCAAUAGAGACUAUCUACGGCCCAAAGAAUGUCUUCAUCAAGUCGGCCUUUUACGAGGGCUUCAACCCCAAAAUAUCGCCACGUCGCGGCAAUUUUGAAGAAGCAGACGAGCGUCGCCACACACUCCGACGACGGAUCGUUGCACCGCUCUAUACGCAAGCCUCUAUCCUCGAAUUUGAGCCAUGUGUCGAUCGACUCAUCUCCAUCUUCUAUCACAAAAUGGAAUCCUUCGCCACCACACACGAGUCUUUUGAUAUGGCUGUCUGGCUUCGCAAAUACACAUUCGAUGUUAUCGGCGAGAUUUUCUAUGGCAGGUCGGGUGGGUUCGGCUUCAUGCGAGACGACAUCGACUACAACAAUUGGUGUCAUCUCAUGGAUGUUAUGCCAGGUGCUGCUAGCUCGGUAAGCUACGUUCCCUGGGGGUUCCAGACCCUCUACUUUAUGUCCGAGAUGAUCUUUCCCUCCACCCGCGCUGGUGCUGUUGGCUUUUUCGAUGUCAUUAAGCAGGCCAAGAUCGCCGUUCAGCAGCGGCUCGACGACAUGAGGUCUGGCAAUCACAAGACCCGUCACGACAUGCUCUCCAAACUCAUUGGCCUCGUCAAUGAUGACCCGGACCCCAAGGUUCACUGGACCAUCAAGGACGUCGCCGCUGAGAUCUGGACUAUGAUUUGGGCUGGCAGUGACACCACCGCUAUAGCCCUUACUUCUAUCUUCUACCACCUCCAUCGCUACCCUGCCGUUCUGAAAAAGCUUCGCGACGAGAUUGAUGGUGCUUUUGAUACCGGCGCUCUCAGCUACCCGCUCCGCUUCCAAGAUUGCAUCAAACUCCCGUAUCUGCACGCUGUUGUUCGCGAAGCCAUGCGCGUCCAUCCUUCUCUCGGCACCGGCCUACCGCGCAUCGUCCCGCCAGGCGGUGCAACUAUCUGCGGCAGGUAUUUCCCUGGUGGGCACGGUGUCAUCAUGAAUCAAUGCGCGGUGCAUUUCGACAAAGGCGUAUUUGGCGAGGAUGCAGAAGAAUUCAAUCCCGAGCGAUGGAUCAGGGAUGGCGAGAAACACGCCGGCUACAUGGAAAGGCACAUCCUGCAGUUUGGUUAUGGGCCUAGGAUCUGUAUUGGCAAGCACAUCACGAAUGUCGAGAUGUACAAGCUUUUGCCAACCAUCCUGAGAGAUUUCGCGUUCGAGGGCGUGGGAUUGAGCGAACGAGGAGAACUGAAGCAGUGGGAUGUAUGCCAAGGCUGGUUUCACCAGCAGAGGAACGUAGAUGUCAAAGUCAAGAGGCGGAAGGACAGAGCGGCCGGCGUCGUUCUAGAGCUGGGUGAUUGGGGUGUCAGCAAGCUGGAAAAGGCAUGA